UUUUAAGUUCAAAAUCGCCUUCAUGAAUUGACCUUUAUUAAGUCAUCAUCGAAUUGCCGCCAAUCGAGUUCAUGUAUAUGAAUUUAUAUCAAUUCCAGCAAUUCCUCUUUAUGGUUGAUCUUAAAAUACUUCAAAUACUCCAGAGUUGAAAGUAGACUCUAGCUUCAACAUGGCAGACAGAUCUAUGCCCUCGUCUUUUGACAAUGACAAAGAAUACAAUGAACCCGCUCUCCAGAAAAUCGGCCGCAAGUUGAAAGAGGAACCUCUCAUUCCACUCGGCACAGCACUCACCUGCAUGGCUCUCUAUAACGCCUGGCGCGCUAUGCGUCGUGGUGACCAUGCCCGUGUCCAGCGCAUGUUCCGCGCUCGCAUAGGCGCACAGGCCUUCACCGUCAUGGCCAUGGUUGCUGGUGGCGCCUACUACGGUGCCGACCGCGAGAAACGGAAGGAGCUCAUCAAGCUCGAGGCCCAGCAGCGCGCCGAGGAGCGCAACCAAAAGUGGCUCAAGGAGCUCGAGGUCCGAGACCAAGAAGAAAAGCAGCUCAAGGCCGCCAUAAAACGGAGGAAGGAUCGUGUUGAGCAGAGGCGAGCAGGCGAAAAGGAGAGAAAUGCCACAGGAUCCAAAGAGCCGGUACAAGAAGGCCAUGACCUCAAGGCCAAGACUGCUUCCGAGGCUGGUGGCCAAGUAUCCGCUUCUCAAGAGAAGAAAGAGUCCUCCACUGUCUUAAGCGCUCUAUCAGGUGCUGGAAGCUGGUUUAGCACUGGGAAGAACCAGGAACCAAGCGAGGGCGGGAAGUCAGAAGAGAAGAAGAUUGAACAAGAACCUUCUAAAAAAUAAGCUCAUCUAUACAUUCGGAAGUGUUCAGAGUAUGUUGAUUUCGCCAAAAGUAUUGCUAUAUGAAACGACUCGGUAUUGGAAACAGUAAUCUAGUAGAGCAUAUGGGGCACGACGGGUACAAAACGGAUCCAAAACGUUGCUUGGUUGGCAGGUUGUAGGUAAAGAGCAUCUUCCUCUAGUCUUUGUAGGU